AUGAGCACCCUAGAAAUUCUUCAUGAUGGUAACAAUGCUUUUUAUGCUAAGAAAUACACUCUUGCAUAUAAAUUGUAUGAUUAUGUGAUGAAGAAUUCCAAAAAUGAAAGGGAAAAACUUAUAGCUCAAGCAAAUCUUGCAAUAUUACAAGAAGAAAUCAAUAUGAAUGAAGCAGGCGAUGAUACAUAUCCGAUGAAUGUUGAUACUUCCAUGAUUGGGAUAUGGCCAAAACGAAAAACGUAUAUACCAGAUGAAAGAACUCCAAUAGAAGAAGAGUCAUCACAAGGAGAAAAUGAAAUAACAUACGAACCAGGCUUGAAAGUUUUAAGCAAGGCAACAGAAAUUAUUGAAAACCAAAAAAGCAAAUCGUAUCCUUACAGUCAACGUGGAGACAUAUUCACAAUGAUGGGUUUAUAUAAAAAUGCAACUAAUGAUUUACGAAAAGCACUAGAUUUGGAUGCAUCUCAGAGUUUGUUAUUAAAAUUAGUUAAUAGUUCAUUAUUCAGUAAUGAUUUAGACACAUAUAGUUUUAUCAUACACAAUUUUGAUGAUAAUUCAUGUUUUGGAGCCUUAUCUCAAGGAUUAUUAUUAUGGAGCUCAAGAAGAUUCGACGAAGCGCUUAAAUACAUUAAUAAAGCUAUCGAGAAUGAAGAAGAAAAUGCAUUACUUAUGCGAGCAAGGCUUUAUUUUGUUCUUGGUCAAAUUAAUAAUUCAUAUAAUGACUGGCUUCAAAGCGGAUAUGCCUCUGACGACAUUGUAUUUGUUCUUAAGUUUCUUAGAGAUACAGCUAUACCUCCAGAACCCAAAGAUGAUACAUGGAAAAGUUAUUCAUUACGUCAUUUCAGAGCCGGUAUAUAUAAAUCUCUUUUUUACGAGAGAAUGAUUACUGUUCCUCUUGAUCUCUGGAUUCCUCUUCAAGUUCAGAGCGAAUGGGCCUCCGGUGGCAUGUUACGAUAUCCUCCAGUUCCAUUGUGUCAAUCAGAACAAUCAUAUCCAGAAGGAUUCGCUUUAGGACUGAGCGAAAGUCAGCGUGCAGCUGCUAAAGCACUUCUCCGAACAGCGUACCGGAUUGGAGCUUCUACGAGUUCAAGGGAAUGUUCACCACGAGCAUUUAAAUGUGUUGGAAUGGCUGUUUUAGAAUUAAGUGAAGAAAUUAGAUCAUCACCAGUUAGUUUCUCACAAGCAGCAGCUAUUCCUGCGCAUUGGCUUCGUCUUCUUGAUCCUAUGCAGCCUUUGUUUAUGAGAUGUUCUCUUCGCGAUUGUCCAAUUGUUUUGCAUGUUCAAAGAGAUUUGUUUUUGAGUGAUUUGAUAAUUUUCCAACCAACUUUGCUAUCAAUUGUCAAAAAAAACCUUCUUGAAUCAUGCAAAGACAUUAUUGCACAGAAGAUAUCACUCGCAAAGACAGCGGAUGACAUAUGGGAUAUUGUAAGAUCUGAUGUUUCAGUGAGAAUUGGUUCUUCUGACAGCGAAAUUUACAUCAGAAAAAUGCCAGCAGGACACAUUGAAUUUGGCAUUGUUAUUCCUUCUGGACAAUCACAUUUGGACGAACUUGCAAAAGCUGAAGUUUCAUGGAGUGCUUUAAUGAACACUUUGGCUAGAGGACCAAAAGUAGAAUGUUUAGAACAUUUAAUGAGAUUUUUGUAUCAUUGGAUGAGAAGUUGUCCUUUGACUGCUCAAUCUCAUACAGUAGGAAUGAUUAUUUUCCAUGCAAUAAUUGUUGUCAUUCUAAAGAGAGCUGCUUUCGACCUUCCUCCUCCAAUACAUGUUCUGAUUGAAGCAAUUCUCGCGAAUGAUUUCCCUGAAUUCAAGGAAACAUUGACAUCGCACAUGAAAGCUUCUUUAAUUGAUGAGCAUAUCACUGAAAUACCUUCAAUAAGAGAGAAUCUGCCUAACUUCCCUUCAAGAAUUGCUGCAUUAAUAAUAGAUGACGCAAAGAAAGAAGAAAGUAAAUAA